AAAAGGAUCCAUGUUGAAUUUUAGUGAAAUAAGGGUCAGCACCAUAGCAGCAGCAAACUCUUGUUUGUUUAUUUUCCUACAGAAAUCGUAUUAAUUCAUUCAACUUAUUCCACCACUGGCUAUAAUCUAUAACUUGACAACAAAGUCCCCAGACAUAAUGACGUCAUGCUGUCUGGCUCGCGCGGAGGGGGUGGGGGGCGCGAGAGAGGAAGGAGAAAAAAAACCUCAACCAUCAUCAACACGCUGGCGGUGCGGGGUCACGAACUAUGACCUUUAACAGAAGAAAACCAAAACAAAUAUUUUAUAAAAUAGCAGAGCGUCCUAAAUCCGAGAACGUCGUUUCCUGGAGACCUCACUAAUGACCUUACAUCAUCAUGACAACCAACCCGAAUCUGCUGUCUCAGCAGAAAGUGGAUUCUGAGCACGAGGCAGAGAAACUGGUGCUAUGCUCUUUGAUUGUGUGGUGUCAUCCUCUCCGUCAGACUCGGUGAUGAGUGAGUCUCCACAGCGCUUUCAGGUCAUCUCCACUGAGCCUGCCACAACACCACAGCGAAUACAGAUUGUAACUGACCAGCAGACAGGUCAGAAGAUCCAGAUAGUAACAGCGAUGAACCCGUCCAGUGCUCCCAAGCAGCAGUUCAUUCUCACUACGGCUGACAGCUCAGGGGCGGGCAAGGUUAUCCUGGCCUCACCAGACAGCCACAACACUAAGCAGCUCAUCUUCACUGCUGCUGACAGCCUGAUGCCAGGAAGGAUACAGAUUGUCACAGAUCCAGUGUCAAUGGAACGGUUGUUAGGGCAGUCUGGGGACUUGAGCCGAUCGCAGCCAGUGGAGUACUGUGUGGUGUGUGGAGACAAGGCUUCAGGGCGUCACUAUGGAGCAGUCAGUUGUGAGGGAUGUAAGGGCUUCUUCAAGAGGAGCGUGCGGAAGAACCUUACCUACAGCUGCCGCAGCAAACAGGACUGCGUCAUCAACAAACACCACCGCAAUCGCUGCCAGUUCUGCCGGUUGAGGAAAUGCCUUAAGAUGGGGAUGAAGACUGAGUCUGUCCAGAGUGAGAGGAAACCCAUUGAUAUAGUGCCCAGAGAGAAGCACGCCAACUGUGCUGCCUCUACCCAAAAGAUCUACAUUCGCAAGGACCUAAACAGUCCGCUCAUCGCCACACCGACCUUCAUCUCUGAUACAGAGACAGAUGGCUCCAGAUCCAGCCUGCUGGACCAGGGGAUGCUGGUCAACAUCCAACAGCCGGUCAUCCAAAGUGAUGGAACUUUGCUGCUUGCCACCGACCCAAAGAUGGAGUCUGGACAGGGGGACCUGGGGACACUAGCCAAUGUGGUAACAUCACUGGCCAACCUGAGUGACUCAAUAAAAGAAAAUCUAAACAAUGGUGACACCUCAGACAACCAACAUGAGGAGCAAUCCGCCAGCGAGAUAACACGUGCCUUUGACACCCUGGCCAAAGUCUUCAACCCACCUGAAGAAGGGGUCGGACAGAGUCUGGCAGAUAAGUCGCAGUGCGUUGGUGGAACAACAAUCCAGCUGAUUGGUCGAGACCAGGAGACCCCCAUUAUUGAGGUGGAGGGGCCGCUGCUCACUGACAGCCAUGUUGGCUUUAAGCUCACCAUGCCCAACCCCAUGCCAGAGUAUCUGAAUGUGCAUUACAUCUGUGAGUCGGCUUCCAGGCUUCUCUUUCUCUCCAUGCACUGGGCGCGCUCCAUCCCCGCCUUCUCAGCUCUCGGUCAGGAGGCAAACACCAGUCUGGUGCGAGCCUGCUGGAAUGAGCUGUUCACUCUGGGUCUCGCUCAGUGCGCUCAUGUGAUGAACCUGUCGACCAUCCUCACUGCCAUCAUUAAUCACCUUCAGAGCAGCAUCCAGGAUGACAAACUUUCGGGGGAGAGGGUGAAGCAGGUGAUGGAGCAUAUCUGGAAGUUCCAGGAGUUCUGCAACAGCAUGACGAGGUUGGAGACCGACAGCUAUGAAUAUGCUUACCUGAAGGCUAUAGUGUUGUUCAGCCCUGAUCACCCGGGUGUGGACAGCAGUGGGCAGAUUGAGAAGUUCCAGGAGAAAGCUCUGAUGGAGCUGCAGGACUAUGUGCAGAAAACCUAUCCAGAUGACACGUACAGGCUGACCCGUAUCCUGACUCGUCUCCCUGCCCUGCGGCUCAUGAACUCGAGCAUCACAGAGGAGCUCUUCUUCACUGGCUUAAUAGGUAACGUUUCUAUUGACAGUAUCAUUCCCUACAUCCUCAAGAUGGAGACAGCUGAGUAUAACAGCCAGGACUCUGACCCAACCGAAUGAUAUCCUAUCAAUCCAGAACCCAGAACUGUCGAUUUAAAGAUGGUACUCUUUGUCACUCAAAGGGUUUAUUGUUGAACCCCAAUCCAAAAUUCUGCAGCAGCCCCUUGUUUUCUAACGAUGCAUGGUGCAAAAUCAUUCAGGAAUCCUUGGUAGAUUAAGAUUAUCUGGCAUUGGAGAGCCAGGGUGACACUUGGACUGUCCUCUGGAGCUGAUGCAGUGUGGUAAUCUUGAGUGUCUGGCCUAAACUCAGCCACUAUGAAUUAAAUGAAAAAGGAAUUAUCUGCAGCUGCAACUAUGCUCGUCUCCUUUAAUGUCUUUAUAGCACUUCAAGCAAGUGAAUUUAAACCUCUGGUCUUAGCCUUUCAAAUUGUUGCAGUCUUAUCUAAGCCUUACCAUGGCCUCAUGAUGAUUACAUACAUAAUCUGCAGAUAUCAGAUGAGAUACUGUAUAUAAUAAACACAGCCCAGAGUCUAAAAAUUGAAAUUUUAUAUGUGGAAUUGGAAUUUCAUGUAUUUAAAAAUUUUAAUCUUAAGACUAAAGUAAAUCUGAGUAUUUACUGUAAAAAUGUACUUUGAAGCUGUUAAGUAUUUAUUUAUGUUGGCUUUUGUGAACAUUGGCUCAGUAUAAUCUUAUAUGGUCAAUGACUGUGCUGUUAAAUUGAGAAUUCAGGCUUUAACAAAGACUAAGUAUGACUUAAUUGUAAUUUUCUUUUUUUUUUUUUUUUUUUUUCAAUUUUGUAAGUGACACAAUUAAAAUGAAUAAACAGGCCUUUACUCUAAUUAAUUAAAUCUAAAUAAUAGCUGGAAAAUGCACUUCAAUCAGGUACCUGAGCUAACUCAAACCUCAAUCCUUUAUUUGCAAAGUAUUCAUAUGCACUGGCUGUCACACCGUUGAGCUCAAUACAAUGUGACCAAUGUCUGCUUUUAUUCUGUCUUUCAGUUUUAAUUUACAUUCACUUUAUAUUCACAAAAUCACAUAAGACAAAUUAGCCAACUAAAUUGACCACAUGUCCUUUUUAUUUCUUUUUUUUUUUUUAAAUUAUACUGAAUGACAUGUCAGAGUUUAGGUUUAUGUUUAGGUACACAGUAUUUUUGGGGUAUCAUGAAUAUGUUGCUAUUAUAAACCGUGCAAUCACCUCAUCACUUUUCUCUUUAUGACAAUCAAUUAUAUGUUUUUCCCUCUGUCGCAUCAGUGUCACAACUGUUCUUCUCAGUCUGCAUCUUGUAUGUGUAUUUAUCAGUGGCGCUUAUUUCUUUUCAAGAAUUAGAUUAUCUUAAAGAUUUUGGGUUCAGAAAUGUUACUUAUGUGUAGCUAUGCUGCUGUUUUUGUACUUGUGUUUUGCAUUUGUAUUCUGCUAAAGUGCACAUCAAUCAGCUUUUGUGGCGUUCCACUACAUUCAUGCUGACUAAAACUUUUUGUUUUGUAUGUUUUCUAAAAACUUAAAUUUGUUGUGAACAAAUUUGCUUGUUGCAUACUAAGUGUACUUAAAGUACUUUUGGGCAGGUUUCCCUGAAAAAAAAAAAAGAGAGAUCUUCUGGAAAGCCAGUCUCUAGUGUAUCCGUGUCUUGAAGACCAUAUGGAGAUAUGCAUUGGCUUACCCACUUGUAUAAUGGUUCAGAAUAAGCAUCCACAGCAACAUGAAUGAUAAUGGGGAUGUAAAGAAGUCAACAGUUAUUAUGUCUUGUGAAAUUAAUGUCAGUUGUAAGAAUUGGGUUUAAAACCCAUACAGACUGUUUGUUUGUUACGGCACUGGUGUAAAAUGACCUUUGUACAUGUAAUUUCAUUAAAAUGAGUGCAUGUUGUUUUUAAGCGGGGUUUUAUAAUCUUGUCGCUGUCUGCCCUAUUAAGGAGCGUUGUUAUAAUUUUUUUCUUUUUUCUUCUUUUUAUAGUGCAUUGCCAUGCAUGAAGAAGUUGCUUAAGUGCAUUUUAUUAAAUGCUGUAUGAAAAAUGUUGAUUUAAAUGUUGUGGCUUUAAAACAUCCACCAUGAGCAGCUCCCACAUUAGAAGAUAUUAGAGCAGAUUGUUUUUUUUUGUUUUUUUUCAGCUUUGAGGAUUGAGUAUUCCAUGGUAAAAAUUUUAUACAAUGUAAAUAUUUUCUGCUCAUGUAAAAUGUAUUUCUUCAAACAUUGAAAUUGAGAAAUUUAAACAUUCAUGUUUUGCUCAAGUUUUAUCACAACCCUACAUUUCUACCUCACUCCAAUGAAGAUAUAAAACAAAUGUAUUAACGACUGAGCUCCUGUAUCAGCAUUCCAGUCUCUGGGGCCGGCUUUUCUGAAGCCACACAGUAUAAAAGAAAUAAACAAUUAUUCAUGAAAUAUGACAAAAAUUGAGUCUGUUCUGUUCUGAGAGUGAGAGGAGUUUAUCUAUCAGAAAAUCAUCUAAUUGUACAAUUUGUUUUUUAUAAUUCAUUUGCACCCAUUAAUUAUUUUAUUUUCUCAUUUGUCUAUUUUCUUGUCUCCUUGUCUGUAAGCUCUUGUUUUUGUUGUUUUUAUUUAAAUUCACAAAAUCAAUGUACAAGACAAGAUAGUGAAUGACUUUACAGAAAAGAAUAACAUUCA